AUGAAUAGUGGAGUCCUGUUCUGCCUCCUGGGAGGAUUAGUAGCACUGAGUAACUCCUGUGAGCUGAUAAAUGCGACCUUAUUUCCAGACUGCAUCGAAGCGGCAGGCUACAAUAUGACUGUAUAUCCUACACUAAACGGAUUAAGCAACCAAAAGGAGGCUGCAAAGCAGCUUGAUGACUUCAUCCCACAUAUCAAACGGGCUGAAUGCUCUGAGUAUGCUCUCCUCUUCCUAUGCUCAUACUAUGCUCCAAUAUGCCAGGAGGUAUCACAAGGAAAACACUACACAGUCUCUCCAUGUAAGAGCCUCUGCAAUAAAGUCUAUGACGACUGCCUACCAUUUCUAACCAAAGAAAAUAUAACCUGGCCUGAGCACUUAGAAUGCCAUAACUUCCAUUCAAACAAAAGUAAUGAUUGCUUUGGCCCGGAUAACUACAGUACAAUAUACCAGCAUACUCCUACAGUAACUCCAAUCUCUACUUCGCUCACUACAUCCAUAGCUACAUCGAGCUACACGUGUAUCUCUCAAACCACAAAAGACAAAGAAAUGAGGACUUCAACUUCGUACGUGGAGGCAACAAGCACACCAAGUGUUCCAGAGCCAACAGAAAGUCCUGGCAAAACCACACAAGACAAAGAAAUGAGGACUUCAACUUUAUGCAUGGAGGCAACAAGCACACCAAGUGUUCCAGAGCCAACAGAUCUUCCAGAGCCAACAGAAAGUCCUGGCAAUGCAUCAACAUACAGCAAGCCCAUUGCUGGACUAUUCAUAUUAAUAAUAAUAACUUUGUGUCUUGUUUAUUAA